AUGGAAGAAUCCUCAGAAUCAGACUACGAAAGUACAGCAACCAGCAGGUUAUUUACCGGCAGGAUUCCUUACCCUACCAACGCCGGCGAUUAUAAAAUCCUCGAUCAACUCAGCAAUGGCACCACCGCCGUCGUCCACAGAGCUGAGUGCCUUCCCAAGAAAACGUUUGUGGCAAUCAAGAUCAUCAAUCUCGACAUCACUGAAAAGAAGCUCGACAUCAACCAUAUUGUAGCAGCCAGCAGCAAGCUUCCUGAUCAUGACUGCAUCCUCAAACCCCACUGCCACUUCAUCGACGAUAAGAACAAGCUUUGGGUGGUUAUGCCCUACAUGGUCGGCGGAUCGGUAAUGUCGAUAAUGUCGACAGUCCCAGGAAGCAUGAAUCCGGACAUUAUCGCGUCGAUACUUCACCGAGUUCUUGGCGCAAUCACGGCUAUGCACGCCAUCGGUUUAUCACAUAUGGGCAUCAAGCCUGGGAACAUUCUUCUCAGCGAAACUGGGGAUGUUAGGCUGUCUGAUUACAAAGUUUCGACAUGGAAUUACGAAAAGGAAUUGCUGUGUGAUGUUUCUAGUACUUUGUCUUCUCCUUCUCCGGUGAUAGCUAUGCCGUAUUGGGUGGCGCCGGAGACUACGUCGGAGACUCUCGAUGCUCAAUUAGGGUUUAGCAGAACGGCUGAUUUAUUUUCUUUUGGUUUAGUUGCCCUGGAAUUACUCACCGGCCGGCCUCCGAUCGCCGUCUUCCCGGAAUCUCAACAGAUGCUUAGAAAGAUUAAAAAGAGGUUCAAUUUCUCCGAUAAAUGGGAGAAGGAAAGAGAGGCGAGGAAGAAGAGGAAGAAGUGCCCUGAUGAACUGAAGGAAAUGAUCAAUUCGUGUCUCCAACGGGAUCCAGCGAAAAGGGCGGGUUACGUGACACUGUUAUGCAAUUCAUAUUGCAGGGAGCAAACGAUUUUGGAGGACACUUUAAUGGUGGGUUUGUCGAAUGUUAGGGAAAGGUUUAAGCCAAUGGCGGCAGCGCCGCCGCCGCCGGUGAGGGGAAGUGUAUCUGCUGAAAGUUCGAUGCAGAGACCGAUUGUUGGGUGGGAAUACGACACGCAGAGGAUGGAAUUCGACCCUCUUUUUUUGGCAGAGACUGCGUUAAUGGCGGACAGCAAGUUUUUGAAAAAUGUGAGUUUGGGGGACGUGAUGAGUUGCGUUGAUAUUGAAAAGAAGUUGCAGACUAUGAGGACUGUCAAGGAGUUGUUGGAAGAACAGACUGCGAAAUUGAGUAGCAGAUUGGAGAGCAUUCGAAAUAGGCGUGAGUGCGAAGAGACUGCCGCCGCUGAACGGCCGCCGGCGCCGGCGCCGGAAAGAGGUGAAUGA